AUGGCUCCGAUCCUCUCAAGCUGGACAGGAAACCUCUCCCCUCCUGGAGGCGGGGCUGCUCCUCUGAGCAGGAUAAAACCCCAGGAGGAGGGGUGUGGUGUGGGCACAGCCUUGGCAUGGCCCUCUGGCUCCUCGUUCUCUGCCAGCUCCAUGGCCAGCCCUGCGGAUGCACCCGCAACAGGCCACACCAGUGGGUUGGGUUCCCACCGGAGAAAGCGGACCACCUUCAGCAGGGGGCAGCUGCUGGAGCUGGAGCGGGUGUUUGCAGCAUGGCCCUACCCUGACAUCAGCACGCGUGAGCACCUGGCUCGGGUCACCUGCCUUCCUGAGACCAAGAUACAGGUGUGGUUCCAGAAUCGCCGGGCCAAGAGAAUCAAGAACAGGAAGGCAGGAGGCCUAAGCCCCAGGCCUGAGCACACCCAGAGAGUCCGUCCUCUUCCGGACACCCUCCAGCAGGCCCGGGAGCCCCGAACACUAGUCCAGCUUCCACCUUCUAACAGCACACCUCAGUGUGCCUCAAUGGGUCGACAUGCUUCCUGCCCAGCUCCUGGUUUGGGUCCAGGGCAGGGGUGGACAGGGGCUAAAGCUGUAGCCCCAUGGGGACCAGCUGGGGUUUCCGAGGUUCACCUUUCUUCAGAGCGAGCCACUCCCCAGACCUCAUUGGGCAGCUUAUCUGACCUCAUCUAUGCCUCUGCCAUCGUCACCAACCUGGACCACUCCUAAAUUAAGUCUAGAACUUUUGAGAUCGCUCCUCUGGCUCCGCAGCCCACCCUGCCCCUUAGGACUGAACAUACCAGAUGUGGAUCCCUCACUCCUCCUUUUACACAAGGGAAUUUUCUUAUCGGAAGGAAGGUUAGUGCAGGCAUCCCUCUGACUGUCAUCCUGUCCAGCCCAGAGUCACCAGGGCCUGUGUCCUGCUCCCCAGCACUCUGACCCUCCUUAAGCCUGUGCCCAUCGCCAUGGCGGGAGGUCCCUUCAGAGAGAUGAGGUAAGGGCCAGGUUUUCCACCUUUCAGGAGCAGGCCAGGCCCUCAAUUCUUCUCACCCCAGGUGACAACACCUCCUCCCUCCAAAGAAUGGGCAGCCAGCCCUCACUUUCAGGCCAUUAGCUAGCUAACUGCUAAGUGAGUUAGGCGGGGAGAGCACUGAGACUAAUUUCAGGCUGCUGGGAACCAGGGCCCCCUCUUCUGACCUACCACCACCUGGACAUAUUAAUCAGAACCAUGGAUCUGAAGAGGAAGUGAUAUUAAAGUCAUAAAGUAGAAAGAGGAGCCCAGGGCUUAUGUUCAUUUAAUUUUCACAAAGAUCAGAUGGGCUGCCCUGUGACCUGAGGUUGUGGAGACAACCUGACAGAUUUAGCAGGGGGUGGGGGAGUGCGUGCUGGCAACACUG